AUGGCUGGCCGCAAAAAGGUGAGACACAGAGCUCUACGUUCCCAGAAGGAGGAGAUGGAUCCAACCACAGACACAGGCCCUCAAUCGUCCAAUUCAUCCUCGGAGGAGGAGGUGGUGGAUCCUGGUGCCUCUGUUGGCCCGACCAAAGGCCCAGAAGGUGACUUGGCGGCCAUGAUGAGAGACUUUCUCCAUGGACAGCAGCAGCGAGAAGAUUGGUUCAUCGCUACACUCCAAGAAGGUGAGGACAUUGAAAAUUACCUGCUACUUUUUGAACGGAUUGCCAGGACGUGGAGAUGGCCAGAGACUGAGUGGGCAUGUCGGCUGGUGCACCUGCUGUUCGGAAAGGCGUUGGAGGCCUACACGGCAAUGGACGAGCAGCAAGCCCACAUCUACAAAGACCUGAAAGACGCACUCCUGGUGAAAUUUGACAUCUCGCCAGAGACUUAUCAUCAGCAGUUCCGGUCUGUUGUGUUGCCAUCUGGGGAGAAUCCAACUGAGACGUACCACCGACUGAAGGGCUUCUACCGUCGCUGGAUCCGCCCAGAGCUACACAGCAAGGAGCAGAUCGGGGAGAUCGUCAUCCUGGAGCAGCUGCUGCGUGUGCUUCCCGCUGAUGUGAGGACGUGGGUGAAGGAGCACGAACCGGAGGAUGGCCUCGCCGCUGCCCGGCUUGCGCUGCAGUACGUCAAUGCUCGACGAGGGGCAUCUACAAGGCUGUUGGGUUGGGAUCAGCGUCAUCCUAUUCAAACUGCUCCAUCGAGACUUGCACGGAGAGACUUCAAUCAGGCAACGCAAGGUACCAACCGAGGACCUAACCAGCGAGCAGCGGGUAAGGACCUUGUGUGUUACUAUUGCCAGCAGAUUGGUCACAAAACCUCCGUGUGUCCAAUCCGCAAGACUUAAUUCACAGGUGCUUGCUACGCACCCAGGCCAGAGGCUAUCUCAGGAGCAGGGCCUGUACACAUGGACAAAGACAUUUUCCAGCCACUUAAACCGGUGACUGUGAACGGACAGCAGGUUAUUGCUAUGUUGGACACUGGUAGUUUUGUUUCUUUGGUCAAACAGAGUUUAAUCCCUUUUGGUAGACUUUAUUAUGGCAGGCAAACAAGUGUUGUGUGUCUGCAUGGCGACAAACAUUUGUACCCAAAAGCAGAUGCAACAGUGACCAUAAAUGAACAAUCACAUCUUUUGACUGUUGGGGUGGUAGAGAACCUACCUGUUGAUUUAAUUUUGGGAUGUGAUUUGCCUAUGUUGGGGGACUUAUUAAAUGAGGCUACUGAAACAGCUAAAGCUAAUGCUGAGCUAGCUGUUAAUGUUUUUAGCACCCGUGCUAACUAGAGCUCAGGCUAAAGUAGGGAUGCAAAGUCUUCCACAUUUGGAUGACAGUUUAUUUGAUGGAGGCAAAGAAAUGCCAAGAAAGUCCCGUCGUCAAAGACGGUUUGAAAAGAAACUUAAGUUGCCGGAUCCUGAGAUCCCAACCACAGCAGACACAUUUGAAAUACCAGCUGACGUUUCAGCCUUACAAAAAGAAGAUCAAACUUUAAAACCUUUGUUUGCCAAAGUGUCGACGGAAAGUGACAACUGUUUGGGAAAUGUGCGGUUUAUUGUUGUUGAUGAUGUUCUGUAUGCAGCUGAAGGUGAAGGCAAGGCAAGUUUAUUUGUAUAGCACAAUUCAUACACAAAGUAAUUCAAGGU